GACGAAAAACGUGCGGUUUUAUUGUUUGUUAAACGUAUAGCAUUGAAAAAUAAAGCAGUUGUUCAACAUUGAAAGCUCGUGCGUGUUUUUGAAUUUUUUGUCAAUUUAUCAAGUUAAGAAACGCAUGUUGUGCUUAACUAACGUCACGUUAAUCCGUGCGUAAAAAAGGUCGGGUUAAUAAAAACCUUCAAAAUUCUACUAAAACCAGAAUUUAGACACUUUGUUACAGGUUUUCUACCUAACUUGUUACAUAACUUUAUAUUUGGACUGCUUCAAAAAUGGACAACCCAAUUUUACUCGAUCCAAAUGAAUCAAGAGAACGAAGGCCAAGCCAGCGACUUCAAAAUGUCGGACGCGGCCGACGGAGCGUCGCAGCGAACACCCGUAAAUUCGCGGCGAUCGCCGGCGCCAAACUAAACGAGCAAUACUUCAAAGAAAAAGAAUGCAACAUUUUCUGUCCAAAAAAGGAUUCGAAAGAAUGCCAGUGUGGUUUGUUGAACAUAAAACAUGAUAAUGAAGUCCUCGAGAAACCUUUCGGCUCAAAAUGGGAUUCGGCCACUUGCACUAAGACGACAGAGUGGCGCUGUGCAGGAACUGUGCGGUUCAAAAAUCAAGAUACAUUGCAUAGUGGUUCACCUUACAUGCGAAUAGCCGACGACGUGGAUGUCGAUAAAUUGAUAAAACAUGUCCAUGCCAACUGGAAAGUGUCGAAGCCGUCUUUGAUUAUUUCUGUGACGGGGGGCGCUGCAGAUUUCAAAAUGAAGAAAAAGGACCACGACAAACUGAGACAAGGGCUGCAACGAGUUGUCGCCACUAAGGGUGCUUGGGUCAUAACUGGGGGGACAAAUGCGGGCAUCAUGAAGAUAUGUGGGGAAGCUGUAAGAGAUCACGUGCUGAGCAGUGUGUCCGCUUCUGAUACCAGGAAUGAAGUGGUGGCGAUUGGCAUUGCAACUUGGGGGGCGGUUCCGGGUCACGGGGAGUACCUAACCCCCCCUCAGAAUCACGACGUCAAAAAGGAUUAUGAGGCAAACUACCAAAAGCCCGUCAAAGGCACCGGACUGGAUCCGAAUCACACCCACUUCAUUCUGUGUGAUGAUGGGAGCAGGGGGCAGUUUGGGAAGGAACAGGGGCUGAGGGGCAACUUCGAGAGGAUAGUCUGCAACAACGGAGUUGGCAAAAAAGGAACCAAGGUUCCGAUAGUGUGCGUGAUGGUCGAGGGGGGACCCGGCACAAUCGACACUGCUCGUAAUGCUCUGAUAAACGGCACGCCCUGUGUCGUGAUUGAUGGGUCAGGGAGGGGGGCUGAUGUGCUGGCAUUUGCUGUGAAAGUUGAGAGAAAGUAUCCCGAUAAGCCGAAAGACAAAAUAGAAGAAUUAGUUCGAGAGAAGACAAGAAAAGAUCUCAAACUCCAGGGGGACAAUCUGGACAAAAUAGUAAACUGGUUGAUGGAAUGUCUCGUAUUCAAGGACAAAAUCAGAGUGUUCGAAUUUGAUGAAGAUGACGGCGAAUCGGCGGGUGACCUGGACAAAGCAAUUCUUCAAACGCUCCUCGAAAUGGGAGGGUUGGACGUUCGAACCCAGCUCGAGCUAUCCCUUCUUUGGAACAGACAUGACAUGGCUGAUCAAGUUUUGAGGAAAAACAAGGAUCAAAUCGACAUGCGCGACAUCGAAGAAUUCCUAACCAAAUCUUUAAUCGAAAACAAACUAGAAUUUGUCAAAAUCUUUGCUGAAAUCGUAACACUUCCAAAUUUUCUGACAAAAGGCAAACUUGAAGAGCUCUACAAUGACACAUUGAAGUUUUCGACAGAGAAAUUCCUUCUGGAAACGUUGGAAACGAAAGAAGGAAAAAAGCAUAUUCCCCGACGAACUUUGGAAGAUAUCCAAUCUGCGCUGCUAAAAGUUUCAAAUAUUGAGUAUGAUCCUCAAUAUUCGAUGAUAGAACGAACUGAUCCUUCGAAAGAUGCGGUAAACAACAUCCUCAGCAAGAAAAAACGACGGAACAAUAACAACAAGAUUCAUCACGCUCAAGAAUUAAGCUCAAAUCAAAGUUACCUGCAAACUUUCAGACAUCCAGAACGCGAAUUGUUCGUUUAUUCACUUUUGUUCAUUCGACCCGAAGCAAGUGAAUAUUUCUGGGAAGAUAUGCUAUGCAAAACAUCGGCUGCGCUUUUUGCGAUUCUAGUUUCAAAGACCAUUUUGAAUUCAUCUGGCGUUCGUGUUGACAUAAAUUUGCAAAUUAAAGUCGAAAAUAUGCACGACCUUUAUGAAUUCCGAGCCAAAGGAAUCUUAAAUACCUGUUACGAUUCAGACGCCAAAAGGUGUCAAACAGUGUUGAAAGCCGAACACGAACCAUGGGGAUCAAAAACUUGCCUCGAUUUAGCUAUUCGGGCUGAUUGCAAGGAUUUCAUUGCUCAAAGUGGCUGCCAAACAUUAGUUCGCGAAGUUUGGCUGGGAAAACUAAGCGAUCGAAACCCGUAUUGGAGAAUUGUGGGCGCAGCUUUGAUACCGUUUUUUAUAUACGCACUGUGGUUUAAAGUUGACGUUUCAAUCGAGCAAGCCGAACUGGAACAAGACAGAAAACGAUUGAAUCAAGACGAUAGUGAAACAAAUGGAAUACUGAAAAAUAACAAUAAAGGAGACAUUGCAAUUCAGAAAGAUUCGCCAACCAGACCAGAAACAGCGGAAUUGCAGGUCCUGGAGAGCGAAGAUUCUCUUCUCUCCUCUUCCAAGAUGAAGAACGGGGAGUUGAACAUGUUCUACAGAUACAAAUAUUUCUACACCGCACCAAUUGUCACCUUCAUCCUCAAUCUGAUCGCUACUGUCGCAUUCUUGGUCCUAUUCAGUAUCGUCACUUUGGAUGGGCUGAAGAAAACGCCGAGAGUGGAAGAGUACGUGAUCAUAUUCUGGAUGCUCAACUUAGCCCUGGAGGAAUUGAGACAGUUCGUCAUCAUAUCAGAAUCCACUCUGAUGAAAAGGAUUGACGUUUUCUUCGAAAACAAAUGGAAUGCAGUGGAUUUAGUGGCUCUGACGUCAUUCGUUCCUGGGUUAGUCAUGCGCAUGAACGAGGACUGGGACCUCUUGAAUGUUGCACAUGGUUUCUACGUGGUUACUUUAAUUCUGUACUUCAUUCGAUUCACCAGUGUGUUUUCAAUGCACAACUAUUUGGGACCUAAAAUAGUGAUGAUUUCCAAAAUGCUCACUGAUCUUGGAUUCUUCUUCUGCAUUGCUCUGGUUUACGUCGUGGCCUAUGGAGUUGCAGUUCAAUCACUGAUCUACCCUGGUAUCACUCAACCUGCAUUCAGUAUACCUUGGGGGGUCUUUUUCCGAUCAUACUUUGAGAUGCUGGGCGAGCCCAACUUCGAAGAGAUAGGCGCUACACAUUUCGAGAACUGCACUGAAGGAUCUGAAGCCUUGUGGCCGAUGGAAGAUUGUCCAGAUGAGAGGAAAACGGUAUUCGCCAUAGUGUUGAAGGCACUCUACAUGUUAUUCACUAAUGUGUUGCUUCUCAACCUUCUGAUUGCUAUUUUCAACAACAGAUACGAAGAUGUGAACAAAGAGAGCAAUGUGUACUGGAAGUUCCAGGUGUUUGAGGUCAUCAAGGAGCACUACAACCGUCCCUGGCUGCCCCCGCCGUUCAUCAUAGUGUCACACGUGUACACUGUGAUUGUGAGUGUGAAGAACAUGUCAAAACCCAAGAUGAAGAGACUGACAGAGAAGCCAAGAGACCCGAAGAAGCUGGAGAAAUGGGAAGAUAUACGCGCGAAAGAGUUUGCUUCUCUGACUGAGAAGAGACAGCAGGAAAACAUAGAAGAGAGGGUGAGAAAGAUAGAGAACAGGUCAAUAAUCAUCGACAAAGCGACCAACACUAUCAAAGGUGAGCUGCAGGAAAUACAGAAAUCAAUUCAAGAAGCCGUCAAAGAACAUUCUUCUAAGCCGAAAGAAGAAUUGGACGACAGCAAGUUCGCUUUCGAGCGAGAGCUCACAAAUAUCCGAGACAAAAACGCAGACCUUAAGGAUCAAAUUGAUCACUUGGAGACGAGACUGGAGUCGACUGAACAAACACUGACCAAUCAGAUCUCAGAAGUGAACGAGCGAUGUCAGAAGAUUGAGAGUAUGUUGGAGAUGAUAGUUAGGGGCAUAAGUAGAGGCAACCACGUUGAACCUGUACAGAUGGUAGAUUUAGAAUUGGAGAGAUAAAUACAAAAACUGUUUCUGAAUUUUAUUGCUAACAACUGUAUAAUUGUAAAUACAAUUUGUAAAUAAAAAUAU